AUGAGUGGUGAUAAUACCUUGUAUAGUAACGUGCGUUGCUUCAUCGAUCUUAUUGAUGAUCUCCGUGAUAUUGGAUUGCAGCAAUAUAUCAAUUUGCCGCGAAUAUGUGUGGUAGGUACCCAAAGCAGUGGCAAAAGUAGUGUGCUGGAGAGCAUAGUUGGGAUUGAUUUUUUGCCAAGGGGGGAGGGGAUAGUAACGAGAAGGCCAAUUGAGUUCAGGUUGGUACAUUUGGUAGGCGAUGGCGAUACAAAGGCCUACGCCGUAUUUGACAAUGACGGUCAGAAGUUCUACGACUUCAAUAAGGUCAGAGAUCAUAUAGUCAAACUCACGAACAAAGAUGCUGGUGAAAAUUGCGGGAUAAUUGACUCUCCCAUCAUUCUUUCUAUUCACUCUCCCAAUUGUCCAGACCUUUCCCUAAUUGAUCUACCUGGCAUUACCAGAGUACCCAUUAAGAACAGCGACCAAACUGACGAUAUUGAAAAGCUUACUAGAGACAUGGCAAUGAAAUAUGCAUCCGAUCAUCGAACCCUGAUCCUAGCGGUUUUGGCUGCCAACGUUGACAUGUCCACCAGCGAUGCUUUGCAGCUAGCGCGAAGGGCCGAUCCUCAAGGCCUUAGAACCUUAGGAGUCAUCACCAAAAUUGACCUAAUGGAUCGUGGAGUAGAUGCUUCGCAUAUGAUACUAAAUGAUGAUGUACCACUAAGAUUGGGAUAUACUGGAGUUAAAAAUAGAUCUCAAAAGGAUAUUAACGAGGGGGUCAGUAUCUCUCAGGCAUUGGAGAAUGAGAAAGAGUUUUUUGAUAAUCAUUCUGUAUACAAGAACCUAAACCCCUCAUUAUUCGGAAUACCCUCGCUCAUUAAUAAGCUAACGGAUGUACUAUUUUUACACAUCAAGCACUUGAUCCCAGAUAUCCACAACGAAUUAAUUGCUAAAACUAAGAUUGUAUCUGAGAAAUUGGCUGCAAUCGGAGAUAAUGUGCCACAAACUGAGGCUGAACAAGUGCAAAUGUUGUGGGCACUAAUUGCCGAUUAUUGUAACAUAUUCGCUAGUACAAUCAAGGGCAAAUAUACCGCAAGAUUGCAAACUAUGUUUGAGGCGGAGAUUGCAGUCGGCAGCCAAAUUAGGGGUAUUUUUAACGAGUUGCUAGAAGAAUACGUGGGUAAACCUAUUACUUCUGGUAUGUCAAAUCACGAUAUUGACCAGGCGAUACGGUUGCACGAGGGAGAUAGUUUACCUGGCUUCCCUUCACUAGACACUUUCGAAUUCCUAAUACUCCCUUAUUUGAAAAAGAUCGUCCCCGAUGUAUUUUCCUGUCUCGACAAAAUUAAUUCGACUCUUAUAACCCUGUCAAACAAUAUUUCUAAUAGAGUUUUUAACAGAUUUCCUGCCCUUGGCUCUGAGGUUUUGAACGUAUCUCUGGAGAUAUUUAAGCGCGAAUACGACGUAACCAGUAGAAUAUUGAAUGAUUUUAUCACUUCUGAGACUACAUAUUUGUUUACAAAUGACUCUAAAUAUCUGUUGGAUAAUUUCCGUAUCAUGUGCAACGAUAUUUCGGAUAAGGAAGAUAAUUCGAGUAACGUCAAAGAACCGCAACAAAGAACUAUUACAGAUAAAGCUUCUCAAAUGGUUCACGCUGCACAACAGAAAAUCAGCAAGGCUUGGGAUUCCAUGGAAAAGACCAGAUACAGCGCUACAUUUAUCAAGGAAAUCCGUCGUAGGCUAGAUUGUUAUUUCGAAAUUGUGUUACGUAAUGUAAGAGACUCAGUUCCCAAGAUAAUUGGAAAGUUUCUAGUCAGAAAAAUACUUGAAAAUAUGCAAUUUGAAAUAUAUUCUACGCUCAACAAACAGCCCCAGCUUGGAUUGUUGUUAGGAGAGCCACCGCACAUUCACAAGGAGAGAAUGGCACUUAAGAAUCAACUAGAGAUUAUGAAACGGUCCAUUUGUAUAAUCCAAAGGGAUGGUAAUUUUAAUAACGCUAACAAUCUGGAACCAUCGAUCACUUUUGAAGUGAGCACCCUACUAAAGACCAUGCAUUUUAAAAAUAAAACAGGUCACUCCAGGCAUGAAAAUGUGAAUUCUAAACACGACAGUAAUAGGGAAAAUGCUAGAAAUGAGGUUAGGGAUAGCAAGAUAAAUGAAUCUAAUACUGAUAGUGGGUAUAAAUUCGAUAAAUGUCACACCAAUCCCUAUUACUCCAGCAGGUUUGAUCGCAAGGAAUACAUGAAGCAAGGCUUUCACAGUUCUAGAAAUCCGAUUGUGGGAAAUCCCCUUUUUGACCACUAA